AUGAGGUCCGUCACGUACGAGAUCGACCCUCAAGGCGCGAUUGAGGUCAUUCUCCAGGACCCAGAUACACAAUGCACCAGCCCCUUACUAAGCACGGCCAUACCAAUUCCCCCAACUGAACAAGCACCCGUGAAAGUGAAGAAGGGUGAAGAGGGAGGGGAACAGGAUGACUUCUCGCGGAACGACAAGGAAGUCCAGAUCCGAAUGCGCGUUUCCAGCCACCAUCUGUCUCUUGCAUCGCCAAUCUUGUCCUCACUACUGCAGCAGUCUGCAGAAGCCAACGAGAUAUACCUCACGGGCUGGGAUGCAAAGGCUUUGGCCACCGUGUUAAACGUCAUUCACGGCCGAAACGCACAAGUCCCCCGGAAUGUCAACUUUGAGUUCCUAACGCAGGUUGCUGCCGUCGUCCACCAUCUUGAAUGCGCUGAAGCAGUGCAACUCUUAUCGUCAUUCUGGCUCUCCACGUUAGAAGAAGCCGCAGUGUCUAAUUUCAACAGCAAAUGCGUCUUGUGGAUGUUUAAUUCGUGGGUGUUUUCCUGGAGAAAGGAGUUUUCGCAUUGUGCACAAUUGGUCCUCUCAAAUUACCGAGGCCCUAAUACGGUUAUCUUGUACGAUCUUCCCUUGACUGAAGUCCUUGAUAAAAUCGACGGCAUGAGAAUAGUUCUGAUUAAGAAAGUUUUCACAGCCCUCGAAAGCCUGGAGCAGACCCUAUCUACCGAACGUGGCUGUCCAGAAGCUAGGCUGAGGCCGGUCAUCAAGAGAGUGGAGGAGGAAAUCGAGGAUAUUGAGUUGACCUACUUUCAGUCCUGA